AUGGCCCGACUGAGCGAGUCGCCAGCCAACGGUGCUCAACCACAAUCCGCGACCAAGCACCAGGUUACCCUCAAAAACGGCGCCUUGGGAGGCUUCCUUUCCUCGCCUGCGAAGCCCUCCGGUUCUCAGUCGCCACACCCUAACAAGCGCCUGAAGAGCCUCACAGCGACUGCAAGCCCACGCUCUCAGGCUUCCCGCUCCGUUUCUCCUGCCGGCCAACGUCUACCUUCACAAGCCCCUCUCAGCUCCCCUGCGCGCAAGUCCUUGGCCGACACUUCAGACAACCUCGAUAUCGGAGAUCGCAGCACCCCUGCCGACUCCGUUCAAGCCGCACCCGUCGACACUCCCACCGCAUCUACGCCCACCUCCACUGCGCCGACCGCAAACAUGGAAGUUGUUAACGCCGCCAGCGCGGCUACCCCGGAGCCCGUCACCGACCGCCCUGGAGUUGUGUCCUCAGUUCGCAAGACGCUCACCAACGUCGUGAACAACUUCACCGGAGCGCGCAACGGCAGCGCUACUAUCACGUCCACAUUCGAGCAGACGAUCGUCAGCCGCAAGCGCAGCAGAGAGCCUGAAAUUGAAGAGACGCCCACCCCUGCCGAGGAAACCACCCCCACGGACGACCAAUCCGACGAGGCCGCCGAGCCUGCAGGUGCCAACGACACCGUCGUCGAACUUGGUAACCAACUCGAGGCCGACGUUGCCGCAGAGCGUGCCAAGAGUCCGGAAAAGAGGACAGCUCAAUUAUCGUCAGAGGCCACUCCUGCUACGGACGCAAGUGAGAUCAACGUCACCACUGCCGUCGGCGACGCCGAUACCAUCGAAGCCGCCGAGUCGACCAAGCCCGCAGCUCCCGCCGAGGACGAAGACGAGGAUAUGGCGGACGACCCUGUGAACGGCCAAUUUGUCCUCGACACGAUCCUUGAUCACAGGCAUGAUCCCAAGGACAACACUCUCUUCCAGAUGCGCAUUCGCUGGAAGCACGACGAGCCGAGCUGGGAACCCGAAUCGAAUAUCCAAGAGGACGCAGAGGAGGCUCUCUUCGAGUACUGGAAGACCGUCAAGGGUGGCCGCCUGGGCGCUAUGGUCGACAAGAACCUAUGGCACGUUCUCAAGGUGGAGAAGCACAGGCAGAAACCCAAUGGCAAGGUCGAACUGUCCGUCGCGUGGACCGGGUCGCCGGAUCGAUCUUGGGAGCCGGAGGACAACAUCGUGCAGGUCGCCAGGGAGCUUGUCGACGACUACUGGAAUUCCAAGGGUGGUCGCGAAAAGUGCGUCAGGGCCAUUGCUGUACCUGCGAAGAGAGGCCGCGGUCGUCCUCGCAAGGUGGUGGAUGAGGAAGCUCCGAAGCCAGCCGCUAAGCCAGCCCCGAAGCAGACCAAGGCCAAGGCGGCAAAGGAAGCAAAGGAGCCCGCGCCCAAGAAGACUCGCCAGCCACGCAAGAAGUUGACCGACGGCGUAGAGGACCAGAACGAGAGCGUCCCGGAGGCGGCCGCGAAGGAUGAGCAGCCGGAGCAGGCUGCGAAGGAGCAGGUUGAGGCCAACGCAGAGCCUCCCAAGAAGCGCGGACGCGGUCGCCCCCGCAAGGCCCCCGCCGUGGCCUGA